GGUUGUUUAAUAGAAAAAUAAUGGAAAAUAGAAGAAAAAGAACUGAAACGGUUUCCACGUUACUCCCUUUCUUCUUGCUCCCUCUGCCCUGUGCCUCUCAUCACCGCCACUAUCGCCACCGCCGUCUCUCUCCGUUCGCACAACGGCAACACUCUUUAGGGGGAAUUUGAUUUCUUUCAAAUUCUGUGAUUCAAAAUCUUGUAGCAAAGGAGAAUUUGAUUUCUUUUGAUGUUAAUAACAACAAAUCUGCUAUAAAAUUCUUGGAUUAUUCUUCCAAUGAUUUAAAUGGCGCUAUUGAGACUGGUUUAGGAAUAUGUUUUAUUGGGCCAGCGCGGCGGCGAGAGCCUUGCUCUGGCGGCGAGAGUUUUCUCCGAAAUGAGGGAAACAUGUGUGGAGCAGAAAGCGGCGGCGACGACAACUAUGAGUAGUAGAAGAAGAGGUAGCGAUGACUCUAUCCAGUUGCAACUUUUCUUCUGUUUUUACUUUUUACUAAACAAAUAAUAUAGUACACAAAAAAUACGGUAAAACCUUGAUCUCAACCGUUCCUUUUUUUUCUUCCACAUGUCACCGAUCUCUGCAAUGAAAAGGUAUAAAUGGAGCUUCCAUAAAAGGAGCAAAGCUGCGCUCGAUACCUAUUUUUAUACGGUGCUAUAAAUUAGGUCUACUAGAUCAUUCGAUCAUUUUGAAGGGUUUUAACAUCCUCGUCACCGUAAAACCUCAAAAUCUCUUCCUAGGUUUGUUUUCUGGCUGAUUCCUUGUCCCAGUUUGUAAGAUGGCAUUUUUCUCUGGAUUUCAACGCUUACUUCGUCACUCUCAAUCCCCACUUGUUAGCUCUCAAUUCACUUCAAUACGUCUCAAUUCAACUCUCACUUGCCCAAAACUUUUUGUCAGCGGCCUUUCGAGACAGACAACAGAUGAAAAACUUACGGAAGCAUUUUCUCCUUUUGGGCAGCUGGUGGAAGCUAAGGUGAUAAUUGACAGACUCUCUGGAAGAUCAAAGGGAUUUGCUUUUGUAACUUAUGCAACCGUAGAAGAAGCUGAGAAGGCAAGAGAAGGAAUGAAUGCUAAAUUUUUAGAUGGAUGGGUUAUAUUUGUUGAUCCUGCGAAACCAAGAGAACCCAGACCUCCUCAGCAAUCACAAUCUCAGCCGUCUCAAACCGGUUUCACAGUGAAUAAGACCGUGGGAUGGUGUGGUUGAUGAUUGAAAAAGCUUGAUUGAUUAUUAUCAUGGUGUUGGGGGUAAUAUUUUAAGGACCAUAUGAUUCAACAUAGCCAACUAUGCUGUGAUUUUUUUUUUUUGGUUUUGUGCUAAUCAGUGAUAAUUGAUUAUUGUACUCCGGCCGUAAGGCAUUGUUAUUGUUGAAAAUUUUGAUGUCAGAUUCAGAUUGGAAACUAAUUCUUCCUUUAUUGACGUGUUAUGAACGCCCUCCUUAUUUACUUUCCUCCCUUAUUUGUAUCAUUGACAGAUAUCUGCUAGUAAAUUUUCAUUGCUAAGGUCAUUUAUGUAUUUCAAGCCUCUUGUUGUUGCUUAUCAUUGACAGAUAUCUGCUAGUAAAUUUUCAUCGCUAAGGUCAUUUAUGUAUUUCAAGCCUUUUGAUGUUGCUUAUAUAUGAGACUAUUCAUCAAUCUUGGCUUAUUACAACUUAAAUUCUUUGUAUAGGACUAGUCAUCAAUCUUGGCUUAUUACAACUUAAAGUUUUUUGUUCGGGCGGAAGAACUUGUGUUCUCCGUCUAUCAUUUUGUAUUGCAUAGCUCACAUUAGGCGAUCUUUUUGACUCAGUUGGGAACUUGCACUCCUCUCCAAAUGUAUGACUUGCACUCAAGUCUGACUUUUAUUGGCAAUUACCGUUUAGUCCUCAUGUGUUUCGCCAUAAAUUAUCAUUUGGUAUCCUGUUAAGCAAUUAUAUGGUUCAAGUUUAUUAUUGGUAAAGUUCAACAAAUUUGUUUGUGUUCUAGUCUCUUUACAUGUCAUCAAUUUAGAAUCCAAUAUUAGUCGCGACUCGCGAAGAGCUUUGUAAGAAAUGCAUUUCAAUUAUGAAGAUCUCAAAAUUUAUGUCUUGUUCUAGGUAAGCAUUGUGAUAUAAUAUAGGUCACCCUUUUACAAAUUUCUCACCAUAAGUUGUUAAAGUGUUUUUACAUUUACACAUUGUUCUUUGCAAGAUAAGCACUACUGUUUACUGCUUUUAGACACUUCCCUUUCCAAUUGAGUGCAAAAAUGCAUUUGAUUAAGAUGUAGAGACUAAACAAUCAAGUCCAAGGCAUGUUCAGAAUCACUAAGGCACAACACAUCCUUUGAUCCAAGGUUCCUUGCUAUUAAGAAGCGAUCAAAGUAGAGACCCUUUAAAUUACCUAUACAUAUGACAGCAUCAUGAUUCAUGAACUUGUCAGUUAGAACUAAGAUGAAUGGAUCUGAUGAAUAGGUCAACCCAUGUGCUGCAACUCUCACUACACAGUGCUUGGUCUUCUAGUGGCAUAGCUACACACAUUUCUCAUAACUAACAAAGCUGGUGCAGCAGGCCUAAUAAAAUUAACACCAUGCCUCUCCUAAUUUCUCCAAGUUGUAGAUGACCUACCCCCGCCAGAACCAAAUGAAGAGUUGCGGUCCCACCUGUCACCAUCUGGCUUGCUGCUACUGUUGCCCCAACGAUCUGCUUCUGGAGGAGGAGCUCUUGUGGUAUCAGCACCUCCUCGCCGGAACUUGGGAACAUAUUUCCCUGGAGCUGAGGAUGCAGCAGCUGCAGCAGGAGCAGCACCAGACUCCAAUGGACGGGCAGGAGGCUCAUAAGGUCUCAGAGCAGGUUCAAUAGGUCUCCCCAACAAUGCUUCCCUCUUUUCCCUCUCAGCCUUUUCUUCAAUUUCUCUUUCCCUUUGCUUCUGCUUUUCAGCUAUCGCAUCCAAUUUUGCUUGGUGUUCAAGCUGUUCCUUCUUUUUUCUCUCUGCCUCUGGAGUUCAAAAACACCACAUGUCAACUAAAUACAAAACGGAGUAUAGUCUACCGGAUUGCGUAAAAGAUGGAUCAUUGAUUCCACAAUAUACAUUUACUAAUGAAAAAAGAAUAGGGAUGGAAUUGAAAAACAAAACCAUACUAAAUGAUUUGGAAAAAAGGAGCAAGCUUAGGCUUUUAUAUACAUUGCAGGAAAACAAAUUCAUAGUGAUUACCUUGACGCUUCUGAGCUUCUUCUGCCUCACGCAAUUUUUGUCGUCUCUCUUCUUCAACCUGAAGAAAAUACUUCAACUUCCUCAUCUUUUCCCUCUCCUGUUUUCUGGAUUGUAAAAUCCUAGAGAUGCGAUCCUCCCUUUCUUUCUUAAGUCUAUCAGUUUCUGCUUGGCGAUGACUGACAACUUUCUCUUGAUAUAUCUCCUGUGAAGUCAAUCAUGUAACAAAAGUCAGUAGUUUCAUACAAGGUAAAUUUAAUACUACCGAUAUUUUCUUAUAUGAUUUUAAGUGAGUAGCCUAAGAAUUUACGGCACUAACUUUAUUGCCCAUCAUUCGACUAAGCCUCUCCUUCUCAUGGAGAUCUCCAGCAUGACGUUGUUUGCUCAGUUCAACCUCCAUCUGCAUCAAACCAGGGUUUAACAGGGUUAGUACUUAGUACAUGACAAACUAGUUCAAAUAGAAAAUUACAAAGGGAGAUUCUGCUCGAUUAUGAUAUGAAAAAUAUGCAAAAAUUCAAUUACUUCCAAUAGAACAUGAAUACACAUACUUGCUGUUCACGCUCAUGAAGAAUCCUCUCUUCCACUAGGCGCUGUUGAUAUGCAGCUUCAAUAAGUGGAGCAGCCUCUUCUCUCUUUGCUCUUUCCAAAUGAUCCAUGGUUUUAGCUAAUUUCUGCAGUUUCUUCUCAAUAUCUUGUCUCUGUUUUUGUUGUUCAAUCAAACUUAUCUGUAACAAGGUCUGCCUAGAAAGGUUGGCCUACAGAUAGAUUUUAUUGUUAACAUUAGCAUACCAAACAAAUCAAAAACUUAAUUGAAAACGAAGGCUGCAACUUACCUUAUCUAUGGGGGGGGCCUUUUUACCCUUUAACUUAAAACGCUUUUCAUGUUCCUCAAGUAAAAGCCGUGCUUCUUCCUUUUCUUUUUCCUCCAUUUCCCUUUGGAUCCUUUGCUUUCGCCUCAACUCAGACUCUUUUUCAAGUCGUAUUUUCUCGGCUUCAUCAUUAACUUUCUGCAGUCUUAACUUCUUCGACUC